AUGAAGGACCCCUUUGAGGCGGCCUACGAAGAGCAGGAAUCGCCGCCGGAGUCACCGGGGCCUCCGGAAGAGGAGAUCGUCGCCGCCGAUGGACACGCCGGAGCAGAUGUAGGCGAGGAGGAGCUCGAUGAGCAGGUGCAAUCUGACGCGCCCUCCGCCGUGGCGGCGUCGGCCGCUCCCGUUGCCGUAGCAGCCGGUAGGGGAAACUCGGCGAGGGCGAAGGACGAGGAGGAAGAAGAAGAGGAGGAAGAGCAUAUGGGUGUUGAGCUGCGCAAGUUACCCACCGGGGACCCUGACAAGCUCGCUAAUAUGCAGUUGAGUAGCCUUUCUUUCCCGCGUAUGCUUAGAAUCCCCAGUUUUGAUCUGACUCCACUCUUUUUUAAUCAUGAUAUAAGUCUCCCAGGAGUUUCAGGCAUCAUCUGUAUACUCCAAAGAUCUAGAUGUUGGGAACUUGCGCAAAUCAAUAGCUCGUAGAGUUGGAAUAGGCGUUGACUAGGUCUCUACUGUUCUUCCUUACCCACAUGAGCGGAAGAUUUUCACUAAUACCAUCAUCAUGCUUGAGACCCUCUGCGUCGCGGUGGAUUCUUCUAAGAAACUGGGAGAUGACUGCUUGUUGCUUAGAACAUUGAACCAGAGAUUAUAGGAGUUUGUGGGCUUCUGUUCCCGGAUGCUCCAGCCCUUGCUCCACAUCUCUGUCUACUUGAAUCCUGCUGAGCAUUCAAGUCUAUUCUAUGCCUCUGUGCCUAUUAGUCAGGGUCUUUCUACCUACUUCUCUGCUAUUUCAGUUUCAGGGUCUACGGAAAUUUAUAAGAUCCAUCUUUUUUCAGCUUUUUUAGUUUUGUCAAGCAAUGAUCUGCUCAAUUGUUUGUUUCCUCUUCUCCAAAAGCGACAAUCCACAAUGCUGUCGGAAAAUGAUUUUGCUCAAAAGAGUUCAGUAAAUCAUAAUCGUUGAAUUUUAUUAAACGGCCGUAAUAAUUAUUAUUCUCUUCUUUACCGAUGGAUGACUUUUAAUUGGUUAAAAUUUUAGCUUCCUCAAGAACAUUAUCUGAGGAGAGUUGGCAGAUGCCUUUCCUUGGUCUAACAACAAAAACACGAGUAAAAAGCCUAACGCCGGAAGUUUAUUGCUGAUGCUGUACUUUGUUAAGAAAUAAUUAUUUCUGCUGAAUUGUUUUUAUCCAAUCAAAUCUUAUUUUCUCUCUCAGGUCGAUCUUGUCUCGAUUCAGUGAUGAACAAAUGAGCAGAUAUGAGUCCUUCCGGAGAUCUAACUUCCAGAAAUCUAACAUGAAGAGGGUAAUGCAGGAUUAGCCGUUCAUGGUUAUCUUCAUAUUUAUGAACAUUUAGGCCUUUGGUGACGCUGUGGAUUCCUAAUUUUUUUUUUUUUGGGGGGGACUGAUUUGAUUCCUGUUCAUCUCCAGCUACUGACAAGCAUCACUGGAAGUCAAAAGAUCUCUAUGCCCAUGACAAUUGUGGUGUCUGGGAUGGCAAAGAUGUUCGUUGGGGAGCUCGUUGAAACAGGCAAGUUUGACCCAUAUUUACAUUUAGUUUUUAAAGAAUUUAAUCUUCAUUGUUUCUGAGGUUCAUAGAACGGCUCUUCAGUUCGUCUAUUACUAUACUUGACUAUUUUGUUGCUUUAUCUACCAGUGUUCCCUACUUCCUUCCAUUGUGAAGGAGUGGGCCAUUGAGCAUUGUCAUCAGUAUCAGUCUUGUGCUGUUGAACUAAUUGCUUCAAUCUCUCUCUCUCUCUCUCUCUCUCUCUCUCUUGUGCCAGGUAAGAUGAUUAUGGUGGAGAGAAAUGAGACUGGACCCAUUAGGCCUUGCCACAUUAGAGAAGCCUACCGGCGACUGAAGGCCGAAGGGAAGGUACCAAAGAGAGGAGUGCCGAGGCUCUUUCGGUAG